AUGCAAGUUCAGUGCCGCCAAAGAGGGGUGAUAACCUCCGGAGUGUUAUUUGUGUCAUACGUCGUUUUCGCAGUAUGUGGAUUUGCAGAAUUCAAAAAGGAUGUAGAGUCCAUACAACAGGCGGAUCAAGCAGAUCGCGAAGAUUUGGUGACCUACAUUAUAUACUACAUAUUAAUCUUGGUUCAAGUUGUUCUCUGCACCUGGGCCGACAAACCAACACCGUACCAAAGCAUUUGCGACAAUAACAAGCCGAGUCCUGAAAAAUUUGCUUCGUUUCUCAACUGCAUGCUGUUCACUUGGUUCACAGGGAUUGCGAUCCUUGGGUGGAAGAGACCGCUGCUACAAGGAGACAUCUGGUCGUUGAACGAAGAGCACGUUGCGCAUAAUGUGCUAAAGCGUUGGAAACCGAGGUGGGACAGAAAACUGGCAAAGUAUGCGACAUCGAAACAAGAAGUCAGCCAAAUGAAUAAGAUAGAUGGAAAGCUCAAGGAGCCUUCGCCUCCGUCUAUAGUCGCAACGCUAUUCUCAAUCUUUAAGUUCCCGUUCCUCACAGCUAUGAUUUUGAAGACGUCGGCCGAUCUCAUUCAAUUUGCUGGCCCGCAGCUGCUCCACCUGCUAAUCAAUUUUACCGAAAACCGAAACGCACCGGACUGGCUUGGCUACGCUUACGCUGUGCUGAUGUUCGUGUCUGCGUUUCUGUACACUAUUCUCGCACAUCAGCAUAUGUUUUUGAUGUCGAAACUCGGCAUGGACGUCCGCUCAAUACUCAUAAUGGCAGUUUAUGAAAAGUCUCUCUGUUUGUCGAAUCAAGCUCGCCGGACCAUAACAGCUGGAGAGAUGGUCAACUUGAUGUCCGUCGAUGUGCAGUUUUUCACUGAUAUAUCCACCUACUUGUGUUUAAUCUUCUCGGCACCUUUGCAGAUCAUUUUAGCAACAUUUUUCCUAUGGCAAAUUCUUGGUCCGUCGGUUUUGGCUGGAAUUGGAGUGGUGAUUUUGCUCGUUCCGUUGAACUACUGUGCUUCGUCGUUGCAACGCCGCUAUCAAGCCGCGCAAAUGAAAUUUAAGGACAUGCGCAUGAAAAUUCUGAGUGAAAUAUUGAACGGCAUUAAGGUCAUUAAACUGUAUGCAUGGGAACCCAGCUUCAAUCAGCAGGUGGCGGACAUCAGAGCAAAGGAGCUGAACGUUUUGAAGAAAAGCGCCUUCGUUGGCAGUUUUAUUUCCCUCACUUGGACUACGGCACCAGUUUUGGUUGCAGUGGUUAUAUUUGCUACAUACGUAUUGUCGGAUGCGAACCACAAACUCACCCCGCAGACGGCGUUCGUUUCUUUGUCUCUCCUGAACAUUCUAAGAAUGCCUUUGACGCUUGUGCCAAUAAUUAUCUCCUACCUGGUUCAGGCUAGCGUUUCUAAUGAAAGAUUAAAGAAGUUUCUGGCGGCAGAAGAGAUGGAUCCAACGGUUGUAGAACGCGACAGAAGUCCAGAAAAGGGCAUCAAAGUUGAAAAAGGUUCGUUUUUAUGGGAAAAGGAACAGAAGCCAAACGAGAAGAACGAUUCUGUCUUUGUGCUUAAGGACAUAAACCUCUCGGUAAGAAACGGAGAAUUUAUAGCGGUGGUUGGUAGCGUCGGAUGCGGGAAAAGCUCACUCAUUUCGGCCAUCCUUGGCGAAAUGGAAAAGCUGCAUGGUCGUGUUAGUGUUACGGGCUCGAUAGCGUAUGUUCCUCAACAAGCUUGGAUACAGAACCUCACUUUGAGGAAUAACAUUCUUUUUGGCAAGAAGUACCGCCCCGACGUGUACAACAGAGUCGUUGGAGCCUGUGCCCUACAGAAAGAUUUGGAACUACUUCCAGGCGGCGAUCAGACGGAAAUAGGCGAGAAGGGCAUAAAUCUCAGUGGCGGCCAAAGGCAGAGAAUCAGCAUGGCUAGAGCUCUUUAUCAGAACGCCGACAUCUACUUGUUGGACGACCCUCUUUCGGCGGUGGACAGCCACGUAUGUAAGCAUAUUUUCGAGGCUGUGAUAGGCAAAAAUGGCUUCUUGAAAGAAAAGACGAGAAUACUCGUUACGAACGGUUUGAACUAUCUAAAGGACGCUGAUAAAAUAAUCGUACUUAGCAACGGCACCAUAUCCGAGACCGGGACGUUCGCCCAGCUUCUGAGUCACCGAGGUCACUUCGCUGACCUCGUAGAAAACUUCAUGCGUCAGACCAUGGCACGAGAAGACAUCGACGAGGAUGAACUGUCCGUUUUCGAAGAGAUACUGGAUGUGGGUACCAUCGACCCAAUGGUUCGCAAACGCAGAAGAAACAGCAUCAAGUCGCUGAAGCAAAACGGAUCGUUGAGAGAAAGUACGAGAGGGGAGUUUAAGGCUACCGUUGGAAAGUUGAUCAAGGAGGAAUACGCUGCUGAAGGACAGCGACUGUCUUCUGAAACCAGACUUGGGGUGUACGCUGGUCUCGGUGUAAGUCAAGGUCUGUUUGUGAUGAUCGGUACAAUAAUUAUCUCAAUCGCUAUGGUAUCUGCGAGUAAAGCGCUUCACCGGAAUUUGGUAUUCAACCUCAUGCGUAGUCCUGUUAGCUUCUUCGACGACAUUGACAUCAUCGACAACAUGUUGCCACAAAACGUUCGAGCAUGGACUAACACCGUCAUGUUCGUCAUUUCCGUCAUCUUAGUCAUCGUCAUCAGUACGCCAAUGUUUGCUGUAGUGGCGGUUCCUCUCGCGAUCUUCUACUAUUUUCUGCAGGUAUAGUU